AUGGGUGCUGGGUGUCGCCGUGGGCACGCGCAGGGAUUGUUCCUCUCGACGUCGCCAGGCGGCGGGGGGAUCUGCCUGGGGUGUCUCGCGGAGCUUCUUGUGGAUCCAUCGUCGUUCGUCACGCACAAGGCGUACGCGCUGGCGGAGCUCUCCCGGUGCCUCGAGGACGAGGAGUUUUGCGAUGGAUUCCUGCGCUACCACUCGCAUUUCCUCGCCGGGCCGCUGUGCCAGUCGGUGUUCUUCUGCCAUGACGAGGCGCUGGCGAAGGCCACGGUCGAUUUCAUCCUCAGCCUCUGCCGAUCUACCGUGGAGGAGGACAGGGCGCUGCUCGACGAUUUCAUCACGUUCGUGUCGAUGCAGCUUGGCGCCCGGUCCACGAUCGUGUGGAGCAAGGGCCAGCGAUUCACGUUACACACGAUGGGGCUUCUUCUCGAUCUUCAUAGCAAGAUGGAUUCUUUCGUCCCCAGCACAAUCCAAUUCCAGGAUUUGAUGGAAAACAUGGUCUUGGCUCUACAACAUGCCUGUGACGAUAUCAAAGGAGAAGUUCUUUUUCUUCUAUUCAGGAUCUCUAGUCUCAAAGGUGGCAUGGACAAACUUUCGAACUGGUUCCAGAAAAUCAUCACUCUCACAGUGGCAGUUCUCUUGAAGGCUGAGAGCGAUGAAAUCAGAACAAAUGGUAUAGCUCUUCUAUCUGUGCUGGCGAAGAACAGUAUCUUUCAGCUGCGUAACCAAGAAAACGAAUCACAGGAGAGCCAGAACAGCGAUGCUGUUUCCAGUCGGGGUAAUCUCGAUUUCGUGACAACUUUCGCCGAAGCCAUCAAGGGGUCGCUAUUGUCAUCGGACCCCCAGGUCCAGUUGUCUUCGUUGCAGCUUAUUUGCGCUAUAUGCCCGAAAGACGUUGAUAUCUCUAAGGAAUUGGCUAUUCUCGUCGAAGAAGGCAUCGCGGAUUACAUCUUUGAGGUCCUAAGAGUAUCAGAAAGUUUAUCUACUCUUGCCGUGACAGCAAUCCGCGCCCUGUCUAUACUCUCUGCGGCAAAACGUGUUUUCUCUCAACGUUUAAUGUUGGGGGUUGAAUCUAUAGUCCGUGUUCUCGAGCACUCAAGUGGAGCGGGUUUUGCUUCUGUACAGGAAGAUGCUCUACAACUGCUAGCAGCUGGGCUUUCCGAGUGUCCUGGUUCUGUCAACUCCUCCAAGGCAGAACAAAUAUUUGCAACAUUGUCCAGCAUAUUGCAGCAGCAUGGGGAUCGCGUGCAAGAUGCAGAGAUGGUUGAGGAGGCUAUGAGCUUGUCGUCUGGCACUUACGGUGCUGCUUGCAUGGCCAUGAUCGCGCUGCUGAAUGUGCCAGGAUUUGCAAGUAUUUCUUCGCUUCCUCAACGUGUACUCAGUAUGCUAACCAACGUAAUGACGAGUAUUCUCUACGACCGCUUUCUUCAGCCGAAGGCGCUUAUAUGCUCCCUCUUUCUGCUUCAGCAUGCUUUUGUCUUCGAAGUCAAGCGUGAUAGAAGGACAUCGGACUUCUUCAGUACCUUCGAAAACAAGCUCCUUCCAUUUCUAGCAGAGAGAACACGAGCUUUGGAGGACGAAGUCGCAGCGGAGGCUAUAUUUGCGUUUUUGACUGCCGUUGUUCAGACCAAAGCUUCAGGAAACAACGCAUUGGGGAUUUCAGAGAGGCUGGCAAGAGACAAGUGGUUAAGUCUCGGGUUUGCAAGCACAGGUCGCUUCAGGUCAGAGAUCUUUAAGAAACGCGUACUAACUUUCGUGGCAACAAUAAUCGAUGCUCUUGACGAAGAUGAUAAAACGGACGGCAGCAUUUUAGCAGCCAUACAUGUUUUGCCUACAGAUCCUGACGAUUUACUUGCUCUACUCGAGCAGAGCGGUGCUUUUAUUCCAACUGUUCACCCGGCUGUCGUCUCGAUUAUCUACGCGAGCUACAUGCAUCAUGACAGACUAGUUGAUCAAGAGCAGCUUCUUGCUUCGCUUGAGCAGUUUGUGUUGCUCCACGCAUUAAGUCUUCAGGUGCACACCAAGUGUCUGCUUCAAGUUGUCAGUCUGUACGCAAUACUCAAGCAGGACUCUUCCUUGAAAGCAGUUUUUAGUGUCGAAGCGGAGUACCUGCUCGUGACGUCCAUCCAACACAACGAGACUUCUGUCAGCUUGUCUGCUAAGAUCCCCUUGUCCGUUCGGAACUGGAUGCUUUCUCAGGAGGGACUGAAGUCGCUAUGCUCGCGCCAUAUUUACAAUCUGUUCCGUGCAGCGUCAUCGUCCCAAGCCGAUGCAACACCAGAUCUUGAAGCACUUUGCAGCGUAGUCGAGCACGAAAACGGCGUUGUUCUUGUCAACUCUCUACUCCACAAAGUAGCUCUGGAGAACAUUGGGAACGACAUGGAGAUGCUUACGACGGUGUUAAAGCGUAUCUUGGAGUUGAAGGGCCAGCUUGCGAAUCGGUUCCAUCAGAAAGACAUCAUAUCCAACAUGCGUAAUUGGUACAUCCUUUGUGGCAGUAAAGUUCCGGCGUCAACCUUGAUUCCGUUCAUUGAGCUGCUUGUUCAGCUGCUUCACACACUAACACCAGAAAGUACGAGGAGGAAGAGUGGAUUGUGGCAGGACAUAGUUAAUCAGACAAUGUAUCUUUUUAUUCGAAGACAAGACUGCUCCCAGCACAGCCUCACUAUUUCGAUUCUGGCUUUUCUUUGUCUGUUAUGCUACCAAUUUUCCUCGGGGCUGAGCUUUCUCUCCGACGCUGCUGCAGAAAUAUUUAACAACAAGGAGUUUUGCGCGGCUCUAAUGCAGCGUGUCACUGGUUCAUUGGAGGAAGACUCGUGUAGUGCGGAGAAUGAACAGAGCUUGUGUCUUGCUCUAGUUUUCCAGCUUUUGUGGUUACAACAGUGUAAGAAUGGAGAGCUAGAGGAAACUGGAGCGCUCUCUUUCGAAAAUCUAUGCCGCAUCAUAUACUCCAAGCCGGAUUUGCCUCGACUUCUCGCUUUCUGUUGCCUGUCAGAGAAGUUUCGACACCUGACAGUAUCGACUGCCCGCCUCGAUUCUGUGUUCAAUCCAUCGUCCCUCAAGUCAAUGCUUCUGCUGCUUCAAGGAUUCGUUCUUGACGAGAACGACGUCGUCCAGAUAAACGCGUCAUCAUGCUUGCUAUCACUAUUGACGAGCAAACAUCUCACAGCGAAGCAGAAGCAGACGGUUGAAGAGAGUCCCUGGUACUGUUUCUUGGCGAAGGAGAUCACCCGUGAACUUCCGUUAUGCACCAAAGGCAGCUCAGUCGAGCCAAGGAUGAAGCUACUCAUCUCACUGCUCAAGAUUUCGAAGAAUUACAACUGGUUUCCUUCGGCUUUUGCAUCUUCGAGCAUCACGUCCGUCAUUUCAGCACUGCCUGGUCGUGAAGUAUACUUCUGGGAAGUGUGCUUUUUCCUCGAGCUGCUUCGCAUGAAGUGCCUCGAGAGCGAGCAAGUCAAGGCACUCUCCGACCAUUAUCAGUCGUUUCGAAAAGCUUGCCACCAGCAGAAGAGCUUAAUAACGAGUUCGGAAAAGCAGAAAUCUGUGGGAGGAACAGGAGCGCAAACUUUUGGUGAAAGUUUUCAAGUGAUGAUAGAGCUGGUGCUAUCACAAUGCAGUUUCGAAGUCUCAGAGACGACUGCUGUUCUUGGCAAAAUCGACGAGUUCAUGCGAGAGGUAGCUAAACUUUGAACCAAGUUCUUUCUGUCCAUAUCUGUGCAUACACAACGCCUUGUGGAGAGCAACUUCACUUCUUACGCCCGAAACACGAGGCUCUUUAACUCCGAUCCAG